AUGACGCUCAAGCGCGGGCGCGAGCCGGCGAAUGAGGGUGAGGGUGACGGUGACGGUGACGACGCGCGCGCGCGCGCGAGCGGAACGAGGGACGCGGAGGAGCACAGAGGCGUGCGAGUGCGAGCGGAGGAUGACGUUCCGACGACCAAGGAUGGGGUCGAUUUCGAGCGAGACGUCGCGAAAGACGAGGCGGCGAACGCGGUGGCGAGACACUAUAGCUCGCGAUCGAACCAGUCGCACGGAGAGCGGCGGAAGAGCGUGAUAUAUCGCUUGCGAUGCUUGAAUAACUGGAUCAAGUCGACGCAGCUUUCGAGUCGGGUGCGUGAGAACGACCGCGUGAUGGACCUCGCGUGCGGUAAGGGUGGAGACCUGAAGAAGUACGCGAGAGCGAAGGUUGGAUUCUAUGUUGGUGUGGAUAUCGCGCUGGAGAGCGUCCGUCGCGACGCGGUGAAGAGAUACAACGGCGAACACGCGAACGAGUUCCCCGCCGUGUUCAUCGCCGGUGACGCCUUCGUGGUCGAUUUGGCUGAGGUUCUACCGGAACACCAGCGCACUUUAGACGUGAUUUCAUGUCAGUUUGCGAUUCACUACUCACUCUCGACCGAGCAACGAGCGAGGCGAGCGCUCCGGAACGUAUGUAAGAUGCUUCGACCCGGCGGGUACUUUAUAGGCACCACGGUGGACUCAAACGUCCUCGUGCGAAAGCUUCGCGAAGCGGACGGCCUGGCGUUUUGGAAUCCGGUGUACGAGGUGGAGUUCGAUGACACGUUCAAGGAUAAGACGUUUCCCGCGUCCAAGACGGGUGGAUUCGGAAUAGAGUACACCUUCACACUUGCGGACGCCGUUACAAAGUGUCGAGAGUGCAUGGUCCCGAAAGACGUGUGGGUCUCACUCGCGGCUGAGUACGGGUUGGAACUCGUCGAGUGGCAAAACUUCCACGAUUACGUACAUUCGCAGCUUCACGGGAAAGAAACGAGGGAGCGCGCGGGAGGAUUGUGGUCGCAGGUAAUGGGAGACGAGGGAGAAAACACCCUUACGGAUGAGGAGUGGGAAGCCGCGUACCUGUACUGCACGUUUGUGUUUCGCAUGAGCGGCUCUCCCGAGAGCGCGGCCUCGGCGGUGUUUAACAGGAAGCCCGUGCCAGAGAAGCGAAAAAUCGAACAGAGCGACGUCUUAGUGUUAGAGGGCGCGGCUUGA